AUGGCCUGUGAAUUUAAUCUAAAUUUUCUUAAGGAAUUGGAACGAGAGGCUGUUCUGGAAGUCCUGUACCGUGACCAGAUGGUGAGAGAGACAGAGGAGGAAAGAAUAAGGAAACUGAAACUGCAGCUGCAGCAGCUUCGGUGGAAAGGGGCAAGAAAUGCAAGCCAUGAAUACCAGGAGAGAUCUUGUGCUCGCUGUCAGAAAUUGCUUGGGUUACUGAUGAACAGAGGUGCAGUGUGCAAUGGGUGUAGUCAUCGAGUGUGCUCUGAAUGCCGUGUUUACCUGAAUCCCUGCCUUUGGAAAUGUACUGUUUGUUAUGCUCAUGGAGAUGUGAAAGUAAAGGCUGGCGAAUGGUUCUUUGAGGAACGAGCAAAGAAAUAUCCAGGUGAAGGCAAACAUGAAACAGUCGGUGCACAGCUCUUGAAAUCUUAUCAGAAACUGAGUAAAAUUUCUGUUGUACCUCCAACUCCACCUCCUUUCACAGAAUCCACAGCAGGAAGCAAUGUGAUGGUAAAUGAACUCAGUCAGUCUAGAAGUUUUAAUAAAUCUGUGGAAAACUUGUUCCUGUCUCUCACAACACAUAUAAAAAAAAUCUCUAAGUCCCAGAAUGAUAUGGCUGACAGACGUCUCCUAACUGCAGAUCAUGGGCAGAAUGUGGAAAGAAGGAGGCAAAGAAGGAGCCAGUCUGACACUGCCAUCAACAUUACAAGCAGGAUGAAAAGUACACCCAGUCUUCAGCAGCUCAUCACCAGGGCCCAAAACGACAGUGAAAUUCUGACCAAAAGGAAUUGCAAAGAGGAAGAAGACAUAACCAGUCCUACAAGUGAUGCAGUUUUCUGUGAUGGCAAAAAACAUGGGAGUUUGUAUAGUCUUAACAGCACUUGCACCGAGUCUGGAAAUUUUGGCAAAGCUAAUGUCACAGGAGAAAUAGAGUUUGCCAUGAGAUAUAUCUUCAAAGCCUGCAUCUUGGAAAUUUGUAUCAAGAGAUGCAAGAACCUGGCUUAUGGAGAAGAGAAGAAGAAAAAGUGUAACCCGUAUGUUAAGGUUUAUUUACUUCCUGAUAAAUCUCCUCGGAGUAAGCGGAAGACAACUGUCAAAAAGAGAACAGUGGAUCCAGAAUUUGAUGAGACUUUGAAGUACAAGAUUGAAUACUCUCAGUUGGGAAGUCGGCAGCUCCAGAUCUCUGUGUGGCAUGCAGGAGCACUCAAAUACAGGGUGUUUUUGGGGGAAGUGGUGAUUCCACUGGCAGCGUGGGAUUUUCAAGAGGACUCAAUGCAAUUGUUCAGCUGGUACCAGCUCAAGCCCAAGCUUGAAAAGCCUGAAGAUGAUCUUAUCCAGUAUAGUGGUGAACUCCUUCUGUCUGCAAGACUGUCGGCACCAGCUCAGUAUAAAGAUUUCGAAGGAAAAAAAGACCAAAGUGUUCCCAGCUGCCAGCUUCAGGUUAUGAUAACUGGGGCCAAGAACUUGUCCAUGCUGAGAUCUGCUGGAAUGACGNNNNUGUUUUGGGGAAGUUGUCUUAUCCUUCCAGACCAACCAGAGGUAAAGCAGAAGUCUCCUGUCUGGAAGAAAGAAGCCUGUCCCCAGUGGAAUCACUUGUUUGUCUUUGAUGGUGUGACCCCAGCUCAGCUGCAGCAGUCAUGUCUACACUUGACUGUCUGGGACCAGUCAACUUCCAGCUCAAGCGAUCAGUUCCUAGGAGGAGCUAAACUUGGUGCAAUGGAAUUGUUUGGCUCUACAGCCCUUUCUCAGUCAGUGCUCCAAUGGCAGGAAGUGCUCUGCAGCCCAAACACAUGGAUGGACUUUACACUUGUACUGCAUUCAAGCAAGGAAAAUUUUAAAUCAUGA